GAUUUUUAUUUUCGUGAAACGCCCUCUUCAUAGUUUUAGCCAAAAUUAUGAGCAAAUAUUUGCGAAGCUUUACAGCGAUAAUCGGAUCUUUGACAUUUUCCUUAUGUGAAGUCUUGAUGAAAUUUUGAAGUUCGUGAGAGAAACAGUUGUGCUUGACAUGGCGAAACCCGAUUUUCCAAGAGCUACACCAACACCUGCCAUCCCGCCCAGACCAGUAUCUGUUAAAGGGUUCGAUAAAGGACAGCUGUCUUUGAAGAGCAGUCCAUAUUCAUCAAACAACAAGUGUGUACUCAACCAGAAUGAUGUUAUCAACGGUCUUAACGUCCACUAUAAGAAGCUAGGUUCAGCCAAAUCUCGUAUUGAUUCUUCAUUGCCCAAGUCAUGGACAUCGAGUACAAUCAAAAAAGACCAGUUGAAGAGGCAAGCCAUGGACAAGCAGAGAAAGAAAUUACAAGGUCAGAAGAAAACAUCAUCCCGGCCUGCUUCUAGGAACACCACAGCAAUGAAUGACCCUGAUCUAGACUUGGAUGAGGAUCUUACAAAGUACGGAAUUUCUGAACAGCGUGGUCCUCGACAUGCUUCAAUGACUCCGCAGCCAUACCGCCCUCACAGUGCAUACUCAGACGCCAACAGGCCGCGCACCAGCCAAUCACAUCUCUACAAUACUUCAAACCAAUACAGAAACACUAAGAAUAAUGACAUGCAAGGAACAAUGACCUUGGAAUACCAGAGCCGAACGCCGAGGAAGGAGUCCGCGGACAUUUUAGAUAAGCGAGCCGAUAAGUUUACAGAGUCCAGGAAGCUGUUCACGCCUAGAACUUUAAAGACAACAGCAACAUCGAGACUUUCUCAGUCUAAGAAUUAUAAUGCACCUAAGAGGAAAGGGAGCACAAAAGGACCUAACGAUACCGGGAGAUCAGAGAGAGAACAACAGUGGGAUGAAAACAAUACAAGAACCCUGCAUUCAAGAGAGCAGCUUGAGGAGUUAGAAGAGCGUGACCGGCGAGAGAACGCCCGUCACCAGAGGGCCGAGGAUCACCUAAGAUGGGUGGAGGAGCAAGCGAUGAGGGUCCAAACCCUUGAACUGAACGAUGGAGAGGAGGAUGAGCUGAGACCAAUGUCGUCUAGUCUCAAGCCGUCCAGGAAAGGCACAAGACCUCCUCUAGGUGGAACCAAAGAUUUGAAUGUCAGCUAUGGCAAUCAGUCACUCAGGUCUGAGCUUGCUUCCAUGACGUACAGAACUCCAGAUCAAGUAUCAAAGAGAAUGCAAGAAGAGGAAGAAGAGUUGAGAUACCUUGAGUUUGUGACGGAUGUAACCAAUGAUGUCUUGAAUAGAGGUAUCUUCACUAACACAGUCCUCAAGCAGGUUUUUGAAUCACACAUAGACAAGAAUAAAGGCAGACUGGAUGAGGGAAGGAUGAGGCAUUUGAUGACACAGCUCAAAGAAGACCUAGCGAUUCCAUCUGCAGAUAGUACAGGUGAUGGGACGUGACCCUUGACCCUUGACCUAUGACCUCCAACAAACCAUUCAUGCAAUAUUACAUACCACUAUCUAUUUUCUUCUGAACAAUCAUCUGUCAGAUAACUGUCCAUAGAAUAUUAUCUAAAUGUUUUUUUAUGUGCAUGUACAUGUAACAUUUUGUUACAUCCAGUUAUAGCACUUGUAAAUUAUUUUAAGAUGUACGAGAUGGAAUAUUUUGUUGAUGGCCAGUUUCUCAAGAUGAAAUGCAAUGUGACUUAAUAAACCGCAGAGUAUGUAUGUUCAUUAACAUACUGGUUUAUUAAGAAGGUUAUGUUUGCUUGUGAAUUUUGCACAACUGCUCUUCAAAUUAUAUUAUUUGAGUCCAUGUAUCAAAAUACUAUCUUCAGGAAUACAAUUGGCUUGACAAAGUAUAUAUAGAGAUAGAAUUAUUUUUAUUCUGAAGCUGAAAGAUAGAAUGAAAGUGAUGAAUCGUAGUUGUUUUAAGAUAUUUAUAUUUCAUAUGACGGUACCAAUUGUGCAAGCAAACAUGAUUCUACGUGCCUGCCAUGCACCAAUGUCUUUCAAAUGUAAAAGUGUGAUUUAUACGCGAUGAAUGUGUAACAAUGUGCAAGAGUAUAUCUAAGAGAGAGAAAGAGAGAAACUUAAUAAAAUAAACAAUUUCAGGUUGAAUGUUUAUAGCUAGUUAGGUUUAAUUUGUUAAUGUUACUUUCUGAUGCUUCAAUUUAUGACAUGAUACAAAUUCAUUCCAAAUUAUUUUCUCCAGAAAAUAGUUAUACAGUAGUGAUGAGAGCUUUAGGCUCAGAUUUUCUUUGUACAUUUGCCAGAAAGACAGAAAAGUAAUGUGCAGUAUAGUUUUUAAAAAUAAUCAUAAUAUUUGUUCAAAAUAUAAAUGAUAAUUACUAUGAGAAAGUGAAAGUCUCAUACGGUUUAUCAACUUUGAGAAAAGGUUACUUUUUGCACAACCAUAAGAAGAUACAGUUAAAUGCACCUGUGAAUCUUGACUAAAUAUAGAGCUAUUUUUGUAAAGUAAUGAACUUGUAAAAGUGUCUUAAAUAUCAUAUGGUCUAUUUCCAGUGUUGGAUGUUAAUGUGAACUAGAAAUUAACACGUUUGAAUGAUUAUUUCAACUUCAGUACCGUUCAAAGUAAGCCAUGAAAGAGAUCAUUUGAUAACAGUAUUUAUCAAAUUUUAUCAUAGACUAAACAUAUUUUUCUAGGUGGCAAAUAUUUGUAAUAACCUUGGCAAGCUCUACAGUACUGCAGUUUUCCAACAAUAAUAAUUAAAAGUUUCACAGAAUUUCUAGAUUGUCAAAAAGGAUGGAGAAAAGGAAAAUUGAACAAGCAAACCAUUUAUUCUAAAUUUCAAACAAACUAAAAGAUUUGCAUUAAAUGACAGGAUUUUGGAGGGGGGUUAUACCUUUCCUACAUUAUUAGUAAAAUAAGAUAGAUUUGUGCACAACCACUUAUAUUUUGUAUUUGAUGUCAACAUUGUACCUUUGAUACCGUUUAAGACAAUGAGAUACCCAUGCUGCUGUUGUAAUCAUUGUGGGUACUGUAAUGCAAUAUUGAAAACGUAAGUGUAACUCCGUCCUGUGUUACCGCAAUAUGUAAAUUGUAAAGGGACUUUGCAGUGAGAUGCUCAACUCAAUUAUUAUUGGUUGUACAUGUAUAUGUGUGGUAAAAGAUCAUCAUCAUGUUAUAUCAUUCGUAAUUAGCACGUUAUGUUUGUGUGUGUGUGUGUAAAUGGCUUUGUUUACCUGAAUGUAUGAUUUUACAUUUUCCAUGAAUCUUUUACCCGUAUGUAUGGUGUUGUUCUUGGAAUAUUCCCAAAUGAUACCAUUUUGAGGGUUGAUGUGAUUUGAUUGCACUUAGCAAAAUGUGUUACUGUAAUCCUUCUUGAAAUCAGAACAAGCCUUGUCUGAUGUAUUGCAAUAGCCCCCUCUGUUGUUCAGUGCUUGUAUAUCCAAAGUAAAGAGAAAGCUUGGAAAAGGGAGAUCGGAAUAAUAUCAACUUACAUCGUUUUGAGGGUUGAUGUGAUUUGAUUGCACUCAGCUAAAUGUGUGAAUCCCUCUUGAAAUCAGAACAAGCAUUGUCUGAUUUAUUGCAAUAGCCCCCUCUCUUGUUCAGUGCUUGUAUAUCCAAAGUAAAGAGAAAGCUUUGAAGAGAGAAGGGGGGAGGGGGUGGUACAAUCAAUGGAAUCAAAGGAAUACAGAAUACCACAGGAGAGAACUUUCAGUAGAACUGAACAAAGGUUGAUAGAAAUAAUCAAAUGAUGGGGGGAAAUGAUAAAAUGGUAUAUGUAUGAAUUGAUUACUAGAAGUAUAGUUGCAGUACAGGUAAAUGUGAGAGAAUGGUGUACUUUUUGUUAUCUGAGUGAGUAGAUCAGCAAACAGAAUUUCAUCAUGCAGGGUUAUUUCACUAGCUAAAACCACCUUGAUUCUUGUGAUUUUGUAACUAUUGUUCUAAAACUUCAAAUUAUACAAGUCUGUUUAAACUGAGAGAACAUGAAUAUUCGAAUUGUGGAAAAGUUUGAUAUAUAAAAGCUGAGCAAAUGAUAUUCA